AUGUAUAUGAAUGUACAAAUCAUGGGACGUGCUAAACGCACACAAGGUGACGGAAUGGAAAAUGUGACAGCUGAAAAAACUGAAAUUAAACAGACAAAAUGUCGGCUUGGUGAAACUCUAAUCUAUCAUCCUAUGAAUUUAAAACUGUUAAGUUCAAUUCCUCCAGUUACUCCAAAUGGUCCAAUAGUAAAUUUAGUACCAAAACAAGUUACUAAUGUAAAAGAUGAAAAACAUAUUUUAAAUUCAUUAAAGUCAAAGGAACCAAAAUUUAUUCCUUAUGAACCUUAUAAAGCUGCAGUUAAUCCAAUCAUUCCAUAUGAAAAGAAAAAUAGAAAGUUACAAAAAAGUAAUUUGAAUGUAAAUGUGACUGUCUCCCAAGUUGCAGCAGUAAAAAUUCAUGAAAAAGAAGUGACAUCUAACGAUGUUAAGAAAUUGGAUGGAGAUAAAUGUGUAGAAAAUGGAUGGUUAAAAGAGAAAAAGGCAUAUGAAGCAGAAAUACAAAAGCUUAAAGAGGAAAACAGUCAAAUUGAACAUCAAUUAAAAUUUCAAGCACAGGUUAAUGGAGAAUUAAAAAAUUUAUUAGUAGCUGCUGUUGGAGAAGAUCUUGAAACAAAAGUCCAUUUGUUAACUGAAGAUAAAUUGCAACUUGCUAGGGCACUUUUAAAUUCUGCACAACAUCUUACAACCCAUCAGGAGCAAAUAGAGUGGUUGGCUGGUCAAUGUGAAGUAUGGAGAAGUAAAUUCUUAGCCAGUAGUUUAAUAGUUGAAGAACUUGCAAAAUGGAAAGCAGCUCUUUGCCAAAGAACAACAGAUCUUCAGGAAGCAAUAAAAAGACUUUUAGAGGAUAGAAACCUUAUAAGAGACAUAUUGCUUAAAACAUACAGAACACUUAGCAUUCUGCGUGAAAAUUUUGAUGCUGUUGGAGUUGUUUCUUGUAAAAGACAUGCAUUAACAAGUACAAAUAUAAUAGAUGUGACACAAGGUUGCUGUCAACUUGCAGAAAUACUGAAAGUUCAAUUAUUAAGUGGUGUAGAAAAUAUUCAAUUACAAAAGGACAUUAAUAUAACUGGCUUAGAUAUGAAAACACUUGCAGAAAAGACUGCAGAACAACUACUCAUGAGUCCCAAGUUGCUUAUGUCAGGCAGGCAAGAUGUAGCUUGCAGUGCAGUGAUGGGAGCAGCUGUUGCAAUUGGUGGCCAAAUAUUUCUUCCACGAAGUGAUUCAAAUAUAACUUGUUGUCCUCAUUGUAGUGGUGAAAUUAAACAAAUUUAA